AUGGAUACAAAUAAUCGUCAAUGGUGGUUAUUUGAAUUCAUAAUACUCACCAUUCAAACAGGACGUUUUCUGUUCUAUGUUAUUCUUAGUUUUAUGGGUGAAUCGGUUUUACGUUCAUAUUGUCCAUAUGAUACAACCGCUGCACCAUUAUUUCAUUAUUUUAAUCAUCAAAACAAUGGAACACCAUUAAAUCUUACUGAUUGUCGUUUAACAUCAAUUAUUUUGACAUUUUUUUUCUUUUUUAUUCUACAUAGUCAAUAUAUAAUAUUUUUAACUGAUCAUAAUUUUAUUGCAUGGCGAUUAUUAUUUGAUGUUUCCAAUCGUAAUUAUGAUCAAUAUCGUGUAUCGAUAAUCAAUGGACAAAAUAUGAAUAUUUCUAAAAUGAUAAUCAAAACAUUGUUUUAUAGAAAUAAAUUCAAUAAAACUAUAUCGAAUUCAUCAUCAAAAAUGAUGCAUAAUGUUUUGAAAAAAAUGAUAAGAAAAAAUGAAAAGAAUUUCUUGGAUAAAUUAAUCAUACAGUUAAUGUUAUAUAUUGAUCUUUAUAAAUUUGAAAAAUUACGUUUAAAAGUAUUCAGCUAUGCUGGUUUAAAACAAAGAAUCGAAUUGGCUAUUACAAUGUUUACUUUACAUUGCAUUGAUGUUUUCAUGAUGAUAUUGGUUAUAUCAACUACAUUCAAUCUUGGUUGUUUAAAAUAUUUUAAUUUUAUCCAUAUUCAUAUGAUGAAUUUAUGGCCAUUUGCAAUAAUCGAUUGUAUUAAUCAUCUUUAUUGUGGAUAUAUUUUCAUUAGAAAUUGUACACUUUAUUUUAAUUUUUCUUUAAUUAGUCUUAUUUACUAUGUAUUACAGAUGAAUAGUUUAAAUAGAAAACUUAAUCAGGUGUUUGGCAAUCAUCGAAAUUUGAUGAAUUCUCAAUUAAAUUAUUUACGUCAAUUAAUUUGGCAACAAUUUCAACGACAACAUCAACAUAUGACACAUUGUUUAAUGUAUAGUGGUCUGGAUAUUUGGAAUAAUGCUUAUUUUAUUGCAAUAAUUUCAAAUAUUCCAUUCAACAUAUUAUGUAUCUAUAAUCUAAUAUUUCGUUAUAAUUCAUUGAAUAACCGAUUUAUGUAUUUAGGUUUUUUAAUAUUUCAAACAUUUAUCAUUUUCACUAUUGUUUUAGUUGCAACAUUAUUAAAUUUUUCAUUUCAUCAAUUCAAACAACAAUUACCAAUCAUACAAUUAUGUAAUAUUCCAUAA